AUGAAGUUGAGACCAAGCGGUCAGGGCUUCCCAACGCCCGGUUCCAUCCCUGGCCAUGGUCGCCGCGACCCGCCUGCCCUCGCAACUUUCAAUAGCCCUGGUCGUCCGCUAAGGAGGCAGCCGCGAGCUCUUCUAGACGAGGCCAAGUUCGAUGUGGGUGAAAACAAGGGACUUCCCGGCGUGUCAUCUGCACUUACAGGAACGGUGCCAAGACCUGGAACAAGAGAGUUGAGGAAACCAUGGGAUAUGGAGCUGAUUGACUGGCCCAUCCCUAUCAUCUGGAGACUUCUCCUCCUCCUCUGUCCUCAUCUCUUCCAUCUUCCCCAGCCUGUCCGCCUGGUGUCUGCUUCAAGCCCACGUCAGAAGCCCAUCGAUCCUCCUCUCUCGCAAGCCGCAACCCCUGUUGCCCAAGGCUAG